AUAGAUCUACCUAUAAUGUAUUCCAAUCAACAAUCAUUCAGUAUGUGGAUAAGGGAUUGACUGCAUGUUGGGCAUGUACCUAUUAAAACUUCCACUGGUCGCCGUCAUCUCCAUUUUAUCAUACGACACAGACCCUUGCGCUGUCCAAAUUCCGCCCCAAAUUGACUUGGAUUUCACCGCAGCCUAAGUGCUUUUCGAGCGGCCGAGAAGUCUCUUCGUGAGAAAGCAAUCCCGUCAUGAAUUUCUCAAUAGUUCUGGUCGUAGUAAGCCAGCUCCUGGCAGGGCUGGCGAUGGUGGCGGAGCCCAUGCCCUUGGGAAACACGGAGCCGAAGACGACCAGUUUGCUCGGUCGAUUGUCUUCGAGGAUGGACAAGUUGAAGGCCAUUGAAGGCAUCGGAAUGAUUGACAGUUUCGUUUUCGGCUGCAGGGGAGCGGACAGCGACAGGAUUCAAGAACUAAGAGAGGCAGUGCUAUCGCUGAUUCAGGCAGUCGAUUGUUAUGAUUCAGCCGGCAGUAGGAGCACCCUGUCCGAGCCUCCUGUCGCCAGCUUCUCCUUGCCAGUAGACUGGUUUUCAUCCUUCGAGUCUGAAACCCCCAGUUUUGAGGAUCCGUCCCAAGAACCUGGAGUCUCCACGGCCAAGCCUCCUAGCAACAGCAGGCUCCCCCAGGAUAUCUGACUUUUCAGCAGAGUAGUUCUCUCCAACCUCAGAGCCUGAAGUCCCCAUUUGAGAUGAGCCGUCCUCUGAACCUAGAAUCUCCAGUGAUGAGUAGCUAUCUGAAGAGCCCGAAGCUCCCAGCAAUGAAAAGCUGUCCUCAGACCCCAAAGUCCCAUGUUAUGAAGAGCCCAGUACUCCCAAUCUCCUAGGCUGACAAGCUAAUGAACUAUUUUAGUGCCUCGAUUUUUUCAGUGAAACAUCAAGGAAAAGCUUGGACCUUGGUUAAACCUCAACGAGCCAAAUGAAAUAAACUCUGACACUUAUGCCAAUGAUGAUGUCAGAGUGACAUGAUGUUAUGAUGAGUGAUGUUACUGGUGAUCAGAACUGUAUGCGUAUUCUGUAUGAUUGAUUCCCCAAGGAAAUGUUCUACAUAAUUAACAAGUUCAUAAAAUUUCUUUCUCCCUUCGGUAUCAUGCUUUGAGUUUGGGUUGUAUCUUUAAAUGCAAAUUUUCGCAAUGAUUCAGCUAAAUGUUAAAAGUUUGAAAAUUGCAGAAUUAUGACACACGGUGAAAACAAGGCACAAGUCGCCAAAGCCGCUUUUGAGUACGGGGCCUUUGAGUUACACAAUAGAAACCAAAAAGCACCCUCAACAUUUUUCUCCCACGUAAUAUCCACGUUCAUUAGGAUGCAAAAAGAGUGACUCGUCAAAACAAAGAGUUAAUCUUGCUCUUUCUACUGCAAACCAAAAUAAAACUGUGUGAAAAAAAAUGGCCUUCUGGCUUGUUUUCACAUAGGUCACAUUCUAUUGACAUGCGCGAGUUAAUUUCGAUGUGAAUAAAGGUAACUGAUUAACCAUCCAA